AGCAUGGAUGCUCAACGUGAAUAUGGUAGUCCUCCUGAUGAUGACAGAUCUGCCAAUCCGUACAGUGGGUAUGGAAAUGACAGACGGGAAAUGUCUGCACAAUCCGAUCCGAAAAAACGGAAGAGAAACUUCAGCAACCGAACCAAAACGGGUUGCAUGACAUGCCGCCGACGUAAGAAGAAGUGUGACGAGAAUAGGCCCGAGUGUGAGUGGCGUCAAUUACAAAUCGGCUCAUGAUUUUGAUGAGCACAUGAAUGCUAAUGAUGAAAAUAGGCAACAACUGCCUGAGGGGUGGGUUUGUCUGCUCGGGCUAUCAACAACGAGGCCAAUGGCCCAAGACAGAACAAAAGCAAGCACCAAUUCCUCUUCAGUCAAAGACGGAGUACGAGAAUUCUCCCUACACUCAGUCAUCGCCCUAUUCGUCUCACCUGGGACACCCUCGACGAGAACCACUCCCGGGAUAUCGUGGCCAAACCUUGCGGGUAGAUCCUCAGCACGGGCGACCAAUAAGCCUGGAUGACGAUCAGCCUAGUGCUUCAACAAUCCCAAGUGCCUCGGUGGCCAGUCCUGAGAACAGCAGGUUGUCUGCAAUUUCUUAUGCCCAGCAAACGCCAACCCCAAUAACUGCAGUCAGCACUGCUUACCCGGAUCGGCAGCUCAAGAACGCCUACGAACGUAUAGGUCCUUUACACGAUCUCACCAGGCAAGAGCCAAGGCCAGAUUCGGAAAGUGGCACACCACAGUCCGCGUCUUCCAACCUGCCGCAGAUUUUGCAUCCUCAGAUGCAUUCCGAAAGCCCUCAUACCAACCCUCAGGUUGCGGCACAAUUGGCAUUAUCGAAUCUUGCUUCGACAUCCCGGCAACGAACGCAGAAGGAAGAAAUGCUUGCAGGCCGCCACUACUUCCCAUUCGACAAGGAGCUAGUCCUUGAGCGGGAGCGCUGCAAUGGAGCUUGCUGGAGGUUCAACAGCAGCACCAAUCCCAACAACGGUGUAUCCCCUGAAGAGCGUGCGCGCCUUUUUAGAGAUAUCCUGCAACCCCGCGAGCAUGUCAUCUCACCAACGCAAGCUUCGCCUGUCACUCCGGUGGGCCGUGUAGGCGACAAUGUCGUUGUCGAGGCGCCUUUCAAUUGUGAUUAUGGCUACAAUAUCAGCAUUGGGCAAGAUGUGGCCAUCGGAAAGAACUGUACCAUUCUCGAUACCUGCGAGGUUAAGAUUGGUGACAGAUGCAACAUUGGACCGAAUGUCAAUAUCUACACAGCCACACUACCAGUUGAUCCAAAGAGGAGGCUGGGUUCUCGAGGACCAAACCUGGGCCGGAAAAUUACCAUUGACAGCGACUGCUGGAUUGGUGGUGGUGUUACCAUUCUGCCGGGGCGGACAAUCGGCAAGGGUAGUACCGUGGGAGCGGGCUCAAUCGUUACGAGGGUACGUUCGUUGUGUGCUAUCCUUGCCACCCUCCCUUGAAUCCCCGACUUGCUGGUUUUUUCCUCGUCAAGAACUUUUUGCUGACUGCCUCAAUCCAGGACGUCCCACCAUACACUGUUGUCUGCGGAAAUCCCGCCAGAGUGAUUCGAGGCAUAUCCACCUCAUGAAAGAUAAAGCCACUGUUUACUUUCUCAACACAAACACCCGUUUGCAUCAAUACAAUCUUUAUUACUGCCAACGAGUUUCCUUAAUAUACCCCGACUGCUCACGGAUGUCAUUCUACUGUCUCGAUUACGGAAUAGCUUGUACACUGCUUGGUCUCUUUUCUGGGAGGGCGUUACUUUUGCAUAGCGUUGAUUUAUUUAUACCAUGGGUCGCUAGCUUUCAAUUGGAUUGGCCCAUUUCUCAUGUAUUUACCUCUGCGGAAGGAAAAGAUGCGUACACGAAGGAAUUAGAUGAUUGCCGAGGGGCUCUGGUAGCUCUAAUUGGGCUCUCUGGC